AGCUCCCUCGCAGGUUAGUGGUGUAAUGAAAGAAAAAGUGCUGCAAAGGAGUGUGGAGCUUUCCUGGCAGGAACCUGAGCAUCCCAAUGGAGUCAUCACAGAAUAUGAAAUCAAAUAUUAUGAGAAAAUUCGUGCUUUUACUGCUGCUGGCUAUGGAAAUUAUAGCCCUAGACUAGAUGUUGCUACACUAGAAGAAGCCACAGCCACUGCCGUUUCCAGUGAACAGAAUCCUGUAAUCAUAAUAGCUGUGGUAGCUGUGGCAGGCACAAUUAUCCUGGUUUUCAUGGUUUUUGGCUUUAUCAUUGGACGAAGACACUGUGGCUAUAGCAAAGCUGACCAAGAAGGAGAUGAAGAACUUUACUUUCAUUUUAAAUUUCCAGGCACCAAAACCUACAUUGACCCUGAAACCUACGAGGAUCCCAAUAGAGCAGUCCAUCAAUUUGCCAAGGAGUUAGAUGCUUCCUGUAUUAAAAUAGAGCGUGUGAUUGGUGCAGGGGAGUUUGGCGAAGUAUGCAGCGGCCGUCUAAAGCUUCCAGGCAAAAGAGAUGUUGCAGUGGCCAUUAAAACCUUAAAAGUGGGCUAUACUGAAAAGCAAAGAAGGGAUUUUCUUUGCGAGGCAAGCAUCAUGGGACAGUUUGACCACCCCAAUGUUGUUCAUUUGGAAGGAGUUGUUACCAGAGGAAAACCAGUAAUGAUUGUAAUAGAAUACAUGGAGAAUGGAGCACUGGAUGCAUUUCUCAGGAAACACGAUGGACAGUUUACAGUAAUUCAGCUGGUUGGGAUGUUGAGAGGAAUUGCUGCUGGAAUGAGAUACUUGGCAGAUAUGGGAUACGUACACAGGGACUUAGCAGCACGCAAUAUUCUGGUCAAUAGCAAUCUUGUUUGCAAAGUGUCAGACUUUGGCCUAUCCAGAGUUAUAGAAGAUGAUCCAGAAGCUGUCUACACUACAACUGGUGGCAAAAUUCCAGUAAGAUGGACGGGUCCAGAGGCCAUACAGUAUCGCAAAUUUACAUCAGCAAGUGAUGUGUGGAGUUACGGAAUAGUCAUGUGGGAAGUGAUGUCUUAUGGAGAGAGACCUUACUGGGACAUGUCAAAUCAAGAUGUUAUAAAAGCAAUCGAAGAAGGGUAUCGCUUGCCAGCACCCAUGGACUGCCCAGCAGGCCUUCACCAGCUGAUGCUAGAUUGCUGGCAGAAAGACCGUGCAGAAAGGCCAAAGUUUGAACAGAUUGUGGGCAUUCUGGAUAAAAUGAUUCGGAAUCCAAAUAGCUUGAAAACUCCUUUAGGAACCUGUAGUAGGUAA